AUGGGCCACACCUAUGAUCCCCAGGCCCUCCUAGCUGCCGUCAAAGACGACAUAUCUAAACAUCCUCAUCACACAGUCUUUACCUCAUCAGCCAUGCGAUUUCUACAAAAGUUAAUGUUUGGGCUUCUGCCCAGCUUCAUUCAACGGCGAAUACGCCCGUUGGCCGCGAAACAACAAAGAUUACAUCCGACUUCAUAUUUAGAUGGUUUGCGUGGAGUGGCAUCAUUCAUAGUCUUUAUGGGACAUUACACCGAAGAGAACAUUGGUUGGUUCGCAGAACCGUACGGAUUAUAUGAAGACGGAGCACCAUCUUCUCCGUUACAACUACCUGGAAUUCGAGUUCUAUACUCCGCCCGACCAAUGGUACACAUCUUCUUCAUCAUUUCUGGCUACGUUCUUGCCUACAAGCCCCUCAAGCAGAUUCACACGCAACAAUUUUCGGCAAUGGCAGGCACACUCUCAUCCUCAGUCUUCCGUCGUGCUCUUCGACUCUUCCUCCCAUCCAUUAUUGUCUCAUUUAUCAUGGCCCUCAACGUACAUUUCGGUCUUUCGGACGACAGAUACGCCUAUCAAUUUGUCCAGUUCUCCUCACAAAUGAGAGAUUGGCUGUCUAUGUGCUGGGCUCUGCUCAGUGCUUCAUGGGAUAUCAACUUUCUAUCAUCUCCUGAAUUACUUUACAAUCCAGCACUUUGGACUAUACCUAUCGAGUUUGCACAGUCGCUUCUUCUCUUUACAGUCCUUCUCGGUUUAUCCCACUGCGUCUCACAAAUUCGACUUAUUCUCCUGGCAGGAAUCAUGGCAUUCUGUUUCUACGGCGGACACCUCUACUCUGUCGAGUUUCUCGGCGGCAUGUUCAUUGCAGAAAUAACACUCCUAAACGACGCAACAUUAUUCACACCAAUAUCCAGCCCCACGACCCUACCGAAGUAUAUCAUUGAAGAGAAGCUGGGGAAACAGGAGAAAGCCGAGUGCAGCCCUACCAUCAAAGAAAGACUAUUACAAGCUUUCUGGAUCGCCAACCUGCUGAGUGGCCUUUUCAUUGGAUCCUGGACGAACAGCCACCCCGAAGAAGUCUGGGGCAUCGCCUUUUUAGACGCCCACACCCCGCAGCCCUACGAAGGCCAACGAGUCUGGUUCUGUCUCGGCGCCUUUCAGAUUGUGCUAGCAUGUACGCAACUGAAAUUUCUGCAGCGGUUGUUCACUACGCCCGUGGCACUCUAUCUAGGCACUAUUUCCUACGCCUUGUAUCUUACGCAUAACUUGUGUUUGACAAUACUCGAGCCUCGGAUCGGACCUGCUAUCAACAUGCAUAUUGGGAGAGCUACGCUUUGGGAACGGCAUUUGAGUUGGGCUGUGGGUUUGGCAGUUUAUCUACCUAUCAUCAUCUGCGUCGCGGAUUUGUUCUGGCGGCUGGUCGAUGCGCCGACAGUCAAAUUUGCGAGAUGGUUUGAAGGGAAAUGUGUUGUGGAGAAAAUGUCCUGA